AUGAUAUUUCCAAGCAACACCCUCUUGGGGGUUUUCUUUAUAUCUGAGCUCUGUGUGGGUGUCAUAGGGAACUCAUUGCUCUUCAUGCUGUAUAUGCACAACUUCUUGGUCAAAGCUUACAUUAGCAGACCAAUCGAUCCCAUUUUCAUGCACCUGGUGAUAGUCAAUAUGUUGACAAUCAUAUUUGCUCUGAUACCAUAUAUCACUUCAUCCUUUGGAGUACCCAAUUUUCUGGAUGAUGGUGGCUGUAAGGCCAUUGUGUAUGCCUACAGAGUCACCCGGGCUAUGUCCAUCUCUACCACUUCUAUUCUAAGCAUAUUCCAAGCCAUCACCAUCACUCCCAGUAAUUCUAAGUGGGCAAGGCUUAAGCCUAAACUCUCUAUAUGGACAUUUGACUCCUUCCUGUUUUCCUGGUUCAUCAACCUGGUCAUAUAUGUGCUCCUCAUUGAGACUGUGAUAGCGAAAAUCAAUUACACUGAGAUUGAAUAUGCAUAUUCUCAUGUUUACUGUGGAAAUGUUCCACGUGAGUAUCCCAAUGUAGAAUUAUUCCUGAGUGUUAUCAUAAUAAGAGAUUUGUUCUUUAUGGCCAUCCUGGUAUGGACCAGCCUCUACAUGGUGACCCUCCUCUGCAGGCACCACAAGAGAGCCAAACAUCUCCGCAACCCAAACCUCUCCUCCCAAUCUUCUCCUGAACACAAAGCCACUCACACAAUCCUGUUGCUUGUAAACUGUUUUGUGUUCUUUUAUUUGUUGAACAACUUUGCCACCAUUUAUAACAAGUUUUGUACACAUGAAAUAACGCCAAGUUUGGGGGCAUUUAUCGCCAUUGUGGUAUCAUUGUACCCCACUCUCUGCCCAUUUUUACUGAUGUACACUCAUAAAAUUAUUUCACAGUAUAUUUCUUCCCUACCAAUACUGAGAAUUACUUGUUAUCAAAGAGCAGUUGGUGACUGA